AUGGCCUCGCGCUCUCGCUCUCGACGGGCCGAGCGCGACAUCAGCGCCUCCCGCUCCGACACCUCCGCGUCCACCUCGCCCGAGCGCGGCGUCGAGGAUGACGACAACGAUUCUCUCAUGUUCCAGACCAACGACUCGCAGUCCUCGCUCGCGCCUUCCAUAUCCCCCAACUCGGACGAGGAUGCGCUCCGGAGGGCCAUAGAGGAGCGGUGUCGCGUGUCACCCAUCUCGCGCCUGCCCGCCGAGCUGAUGAUUGCCAUCUUUGCCAAGCUCUCCUCGCCCGGCGACUUGAAGCACUGCAUGCUCGUCUCCCGGGAAUGGGCAAGGAACAGCGUCGGCUUGCUGUGGCACCGACCCCAGACGGGCAAAUGGCAGGCGAUCAAGAGCGUCAUUGCUACCGUCCGGAGAGGGGACAGCUUUUUCGACUACCCCACUCUCAUCAAGCGGCUGAAUCUCUCAGCCUUGGCCCCCGAGAUCAGCGACGGCACCCUCCAGCCCUUGUCCAACUGCAACAGAAUCGAGCGUUUGACCCUGACCAACUGCCAAAAACUCACCGACCUCAGCCUCACCUCCAUGCUUCAAGGAAAUCGGAGCCUUCUUGCACUGGAUGUAACUGGCUUGGACUCGAUAACGGACCGCUCCAUGUUUGCGCUUGCUCAGAACGCGGUGCGCCUCCAGGGGCUGAACGUCACAAACUGCAAGAAGAUUUCAGACGAGUCUUUGGAGGCUGUGGCCAAGAAUUGUCGCCAUUUGAAGAGGCUCAAACUCAAUGGCUGCCAGCAGCUGACCGAUAGAUCUAUCAUCGCAUUCGCACGGAACUGCCGUUAUAUUCUAGAGAUUGAUCUGCACGACUGCAGGAACCUCGAAGACGAAUCCAUCACGACGCUCCUGGCAGACGGACCGCAUCUGCGCGAGCUGAGGCUGGCUCAUUGCUGGCGCAUCACAGACCAAGCGUUCCUCCGCCUGCCGCUGGGUGCAACAUACGACGCGCUCCGCAUCCUCGAUCUCACAGACUGCACCGAGCUGCAAGAUGCCGGAGUCCAAAAGAUUGUGCAAGCCGCGCCCCGCCUGCGCAACCUCGUCCUCAACAAAUGUCGCAACAUCACAGAUAGGGCCGUGCUAGCCAUAACACGGCUCGGCAAGAACUUGCACUACAUCCACCUGGGUCACUGCUCGCGUAUCACUGACACGGGAGUGAUACAGCUUGUCAAGCUGUGCAAUCGCAUCCGUUAUAUUGACUUGGCGUGUUGCACGAACCUCACGGAUAACUCAGUGACACAGCUGGCCACCCUGCCAAAAUUGAAGAGGAUAGGCUUGGUCAAGUGCGGCAACAUCACAGACCGCAGCAUAGUGGCGCUUGCAAAGCCUAAGCAGGUUGGCCACGGUGGCCCAGUGACGCCCAGCGUGCUCGAGCGCGUGCAUCUCAGCUAUUGCACGAACCUCACGCUGAGCAGCAUCCACUCUCUGCUCAACAGCUGCCCGCGCCUCACGCAUUUGAGCUUGACGGGCGUACAAGCAUUCCUCCGCGAGGAUCUGAUCGUGUUCUGCCGUGAAGCGCCGCAAGAGUUCAACGAGCACCAGCGCGACGUCUUCUGCGUCUUCAGCGGCGUCGGCGUCCAGCGUCUGCGCAACUACCUCAACACGGACACGGCGCACACGCGGCGCGCACUCUUCGAAGACGAGGGCACCAUGUACGAUGACGGCGAGCAGCCCGAGGUCAUGGAUGAUGUUACAGCGCAGGCAAAUGGCAUGGGGAUCGAUGACAUGGACGAGGACUUUGGUGAGGAGAGUGAGAUGAUUGGGGAGAAUUAG